AUGCUCUAUUUGCUUUACUGGAGAAAAUCCUCAAAUAGAUAAAUCGAUUAAAAAAAAAAUAAAGUGAUUCCAGCUCUUGAAUAACCACAUUUAUAAUUGCAUCGUUCUCAAUCGGUUGAGCAAACUAUAAAAAAAGAUUUUAGGCGCAAAAUGAAUCGCCUAGGAACUCAAACAGCUGAGACUGUUAAUGAAUCAUCAAAUAAAAUUUAACAAAGCACUCUUAAGACUACAUCAUAAAUGUUUUCAUCAAAAUAUUAGAUCAUUAAAGUCAGUUCCAAUCUUGUUACUCUAGAUAUUUCUUAAUAACAAGAAUAAUUUAAAUCAAUACCUUCAAUGCAAGAACUACCAGAAACAGUUAGAACGCAGGAUACUAAUUUAUUGACUAUUAAAGAAUCAGAGGAGUAAAGAACAGAAUUCUUAAAUUCAAGAAUAAUUUUCAAAUUAAUUAAUAGAUUAAUAGUGUUAUAAGGAUUUUUAGGAUUUUUACUGUUUAAUAAUUUGCAUUUUGCAUUGGCAAGUCUUUUGUCAUUAAUUACGAUAUGGAUUAUAAGGUUUUCCUAAACGGCAAAUGUUUAUAUUGAUGUUCUCCAAUUGAUACUAUUUAUUUCUUUUGAUUUUACUUCUCUAUUUUUAUUUAAUCCAAAUGAAAUAUGGACUUAUACUUAUUUAGUUUUAUUAGCUAUUGAAGUUAUAUUGGAAUUUAUAAUUUUGAACACUUAGAAAUAAAAAAACUUUGAAAAUUUACAAGCUUCUGCUUAGCAAUACAGUUGA